GUGCCCGAGGGAGCGGCCAUGGCCAACGCGGGCUUGCAGCUGCUGGGCUAUUUCCUGGCGCUGGGCGGCUGGGUCGGCACCAUCUGCAGCGCGGCGCUGCCCCAGUGGAAGCAGAGCUCGUACGCGGGGGACGCGAUCAUCACGGCCGUGGGGCUGUACGAGGGGCUGUGGAUGAGCUGCGCCUCGCAGAGCACCGGGCAGGUCCAGUGCAAGCUGCACGACUCGCUGCUCUCGCUGGACGUUCACCUCCAGACCUCCCGGGCACUCAUGGUGGUUUCUAUCCUCAUGGGCUUUGUGGGGGUCAUUGUCAGUGUGGUGGGAAUGAAAUGUACCAAAGUGGGGGACGAGAACCCUGUUGUCAAAAGCCGGAUUGCUGUGGCUGGUGGUGUCCUCUUCCUCAUAGCAGGUCUGUGCACCUUAACAGCUGUUUCAUGGUAUGCAACACAGGUGACCUAUGAAUUCUUCAACCCCAACACUCCAGUUAAUGCCCGGUAUGAAUUUGGUUCUGCCUUGUUUGUUGGCUGGGCAGCUGCCAGCCUGACGAUGCUGGGAGGCUCCUUCCUGUGCUGCUCCUGCCCCACCCACACCGAGGAGAGGAGAGGACAGCAGCACUAUAGGCAAUCACAGCCUUCAACAGCUAGGGAACCCAAUGUAAAAAUGUCUUCUUCACCCAUCAGGGGAGAGCAGUGUUUAUAGUCUGUCUUCACCCAUCAGGGGAGAGAAGUGGUUGUUUGUCUGAACCCAGAUUAUUGUGUUUCCUUCAAAAAAGUCCAAAAAAUGUAAAUGGAACUACUAGAGCAAGGAUUUCAAAAGAAACCUGUGAUACAUUUUCUGAAAGAUCUUUUUAUACCAAGGGUACAGCACUGUGUAUAAAAAUGUUUUUAUUCUUUUAAUUUAAAAUUGUAUUAACUUUUCUAUGGGGCAAAAUAUACUCAAGGGGAAUUAUACAGUUUUGAAUUUCAAAUGUCUUUUGAUAGUUUAUA